AUGACAAAUCUUGAUGACCACAAGCAAAGCAUCAGCUGGAAGGGUUUGUCGAACACUUUUCAAGACGCCAUCACACUCACACGAACGCUUGGCUUCCGAUACAUCUGGAUCGACUCUCUGUGCAUCAUCCAAGACUCCACUGAGGACUGGCAAGUCGAAUCGGCAAAGAUGGCAUCAAUCUACAGCAAUGGCUAUCUGACUAUCGCCGGAACAAAAUCUCGCAACGGCUUGGGUGGCCUGUUCUCAAGCACACCCGAUUACCGUGUCGCUGGUACCACGCCCGAGGGAGAAAAGUACUGCCUCUACUUCCGCGAACGCAUCGAUCACCAAAUCGAUAACAUCCUGGAAAGCGCCGGCAUGACAUCGUCGGAGAAAUACUACCCUCUGCUCAGCAGAGCAUGGGUCUACCAAGAACGCAUGCUCUCCACCCGAGUGCUCCAUUUCGGCCGCUACGAGCUCUUCUUCGAAUGCAAAUCCACAAUCCAGUGCGAAUGCGGCACCAUCAGAUUCCACGGCGCGGGCACCGAGACGCCUGUUCCGCUGAUCAAGGUGGGGUACGCAGGUGCACUGGAGGCAUAUGACCAAUGCUACAAAGCAGACGCGCUCGAGAAAGUACAAUACCAUGGAGCGAGACUGUGGCGCUCCAUGGUGAGCUGCUAUACCGCCUUGCGCUUGACAAAGUCAAAGGACAGACUCCCUGCCUUUGGCGGCCUGGCGCGACAAAUGGCGUCGAAGAGGAAGACGAGAUAUCUCGCUGGCUUGUGGGAAGACGCGCUCAUCGACGAUUUACUCUGGACUUUGUACACGCCUUCAAAGCUCAAAUGUCCUAGGCCUGAGCCACGCAAUGCGCCGACAUGGAGUUGGGCGAGCGUGGAGUCUGCGGCGGGUGUCGGGUAUUACGAUACGAUUCUGUUUACGGAUUUGGAGGAUGAGGGGCUUGAAGAUCGCAUGCCGCAUGUUCAUUAUAGCAAGAUUGAGGGCUGCAAUGUUGUCGGGUCGGCAAUUGAUGAGUUUGGUGGGGUUGCUAGUGGUGAACUGACGAUUUCGGGAUUAGUUGUCGAGGGCGUGCUGGGUCAGGACGUACACAUGCAUGAGGGAGAUGAAACAUUUCAGCACCUCGUGAAAUUUGGGGAUGUGACGAAACCGAUAGAUAGCGAUUAUCUCCUCGACGAGAAGGGAUCGCAUCAAGUACGUCCGGGUACAAAGGUCUGUUGUCUGUGCAUGAGCAUGCUCCAGUUGGGGCAGAAGGAUUACCUUUUCUCACUUGUUUUGAAAGAAUCUUCAUUGUGCACAGGUCGCUUUGAGCGCAUUGGUAUGAUGAAGAUUGCUGGACCGAGGAGUUGUGUACAUCCGGACAGUACGAUCUUUAGGGGAGCAGACUUGAGAACAGUGACAAUAGUUUGA